CUUCAGCUCUUCUAGCGUGGUACUUUCUCUUGAGUUUGUACUUAACUACAAUCACCAAUACUAAUGGUUGUUCCUUUAUAGUCCAUAGAACGAAGAAAACCUCUUCAUAGACAGAAAAACGAUGCGCGGUCGCUGGAUGCCAGGACGCGGCAGGUCCGUCGCACCAGCGGUGCGGUGAUCCUGCAGUCCUCGGCAGCGAGGAACAAGUCCACGAUAAGAGAGGCAAGCACUUCUUCUACCGAGUUACUACUUCUAGCUUACCGGAACGUCUUACUUGUUCUAGCUUACCGGAACGUCUUACUACUUCUAGCUUACUUACCCACUGUAACGUCUUACUUACCCCUACCUCAUUUACCCACUGUAACGUCUUACUACUUCCUGCUUCCACUAGUGUUGACUGAGGGUGCGACGUGUGCCUUUUGUCGUGCUAAGACCAUAAAAAUUUUGUCGUGGAGGAGCAAGGAUGUAUAAGUUGAAUCCGGUGGAAGCCCUGCGAGGGCAGAUCCUCAUCGAAAAUGCACUGAAGAAGCUUUCGUUUUUGAGCAACCUGAGCAGCAGCGGCAACGAUCAGCGGGAUGAGCUAACCCAAUUCAUGGGUGACGAAAUCAGCCGGAUUAUCAAGGUGCUCAUCUAGUUGUAGUUAUACUUACUCUUUUUUAUAGGUAUUCAUGAUGUACUAUUAUGGUAUGGUGAAUCUUGUAUUGUAUUUGUGUUUGUAUGUUCUAUUAUGGUUAUAAUGGUGAGUCUAUCAUGUCUUAUGGUGGAUCAUGUGUUGUCAUACCAGAUAUCAACAAGUUCCAUUUUGAAGAACAGCCAUGAAAGUAGGUAGUUCAUGUUCUAUGUUAGGUUGUAACACCACGACACACGAAUUGCAGCUGUCAAAUUCUCCCACAGGAACAACGCAGUUUGGAAAAGCAGUACGAGAGUUUGAUCCAUAAGCGUGGAUCGUUGAAGGGAUUGGUGAACAAGGCAGAGCGUGAAGAGGUACAGAAGCAAAUUGAGGAAGUAUCUGGCAACCUGCGGGAGAGUAAUCAGUCACUCUGCCGAAAUCUCAAGGAAAAUCCAAAUGCUGCGGGGAAUCUUGUUUUAUGGUGCGUUCCACCGAUUAUAGUAGUUGCAGGAGUUGCUGACUGAAAUAAGGGGCGUAGCUUAACAUCAAGACCACUUUUCCUUCUCAUCAGUAUCUCGGUUAUUCUCGUCUGUACUCGGUUAUUUCAGUUUUUCGAGUAUCUACAAUUUCUAACAGAGUACUAAAAGAUACUCUACUUCCUCUGGCAUCAGCUAAGAGCUGAAAGACUAACGAAAUUGAUAGACCUUCACGAAUGUUUAUUCCAAAUUGAUGCAGAGAUACCUUCAUAUACAGAUACAGGAUCUAAUGUCCAAGAUGAUGCAGGAGCGAACAAGGGUAUUCUCGAUAAUGGAAGAUGCUAAGAGGGAACUGCAAAAUCCACCAGGAGAGCAGGCUUUCACGCAACUAGUCGCGAAGGCAGAGGCGGAAAGGAAGGAUCAAGUAUCAGCAGAUAGGAUGACUCAUGAUUACAGUAACAAUGAGUAAGAACUAAGAACGACUACUGGUUGUAGCGUCUGCUAAAGUACUAACCUCUCUAGUACGUGCAUUUUUCUCCUCCUGCAGGAGCUGCUGUUCGAAGUGAAGAAACGGGAGAAGGAGGCGUCGCUGGCAGCGAAGCAACUAGAGGCAGAACUGCAGUUAUGAGAAUUUUGAUGUAUGUCUUGAUGGAUGCAUGAUUUUAGUUCUUUCUCUCUUCUGGUACUCAAUUCUUAAUUUAACGUGAACUGUGUCUAUUUCUGGUCUGUAAAAAUACGAAUGAGCAGUAGCCGUCGAAGUCUGCCACAUCGGAUGGCGGAUCCCAACCUAACCUAACCUAACCUUUCGCCUUCUCCUCUGACUUUCCUGCUCUAAACGGAACCGAGUAUACAGAGUAUGACCGGGAAGUUAAGCUCGCGAUGGAGGAGAUCCGCACGUUGAAAGAGGAGCUCACGAAAAACAGAGCAGAGAGCAAAAUUUUGCUUAACACCGAGGAAAAGCGGCUUAAGGCGCAAGAGCAAGGCUUGGCACGAAUGCUGCAGCAGAAGGAGGUCAUUUGAAACACUUUCUUGUUAAAUCAUCUAUAGUCUAAAACUCCAAAUAUCCAAAAGGUCUCUCUCUUUAUCAUCUCUUUAGCAUACGUAGAAAGUUCUCUCUCUUUAUCAUCAUGAGUAUAGGCCGUUUAACCAUGAGUCAUUCCAAAUAACAGGUAAGGAGUCAUUCGCAUUCCAAAAACCAUGGGUCAUUCGCAUUCCAAAUAUAGCAGGUAAGGUAACCAUGAGUCAUUCGCAUUCCAAAUAUAGCAGGUAAGGUAACCAUGAGUCAUUCGCAUUCCAAAUAUAGCAGGUAAGGUAACCAUGAGUCAUUCGCAUUCCAAAUAUAGCAGGUAAGGUAACCAUGAGUCAUUCGCAUUCCAAAUAUAGCAGGUAAGGUAACCAUGAGUCAUUCGCAUUCCAAAUAUAGCAGGUAAGGUAACCAUGAGUCAUUCGCAUUCCAAAUAUAGCAGGUAAGGUAACCAUGAGUCAUUCGCAUUCCAAAUAUAGAAGCCAUCCAAAUAUAGAAGCAGGUAAGCCUCACGGGUGAAGUAGCGGAGCUAGACAAGAACAAGAGGUUGGAAACCCUAGCGCAUGAACGGGCACACGAAUUUCUUACACAUAAGCUGGACGAUCUAACACAGCAGCGAGUCGAAUGGGCAGAAAAGUACAGUGUUUUACUUCAUGGAUGGCAGCGGCUUAUCAGCCAUUGCAUUAAGCUGUUAACCUAAAAAUGACCUCCCGGCAGCAGAACGAGCGGAGUACUCCUCUGCACAGAUGCAGUCAGUUUCUUUCUUUGAAGUGAAAUAGUUUCUUGAAUUCUAAGGCCAAUGAGAUUAUUGAUGGCAGCGGCUUAUCAGCCACUGCUUAUUAGCCCUUGUUCUGUUGUCACGAUAAAACUUUGUGUCCACAAGGCCCACGUGUAUGAAAAAACAACGCAGAUUUUUUGCGAGUAAUGAGUGAAUGAAUGAAGCUGUUAACACUUUUCUCUUCGCGUUCCAAUGUUAUUAAUCAUGUAAUAAACGGGAACACUACUAGGUUAAUCAUUAUCAUGAUUAUCAUGUAAUAAACGGGAACACUACUAGGUUAAUCAUUAUCAUGAUUAUCAUGUAAUAAACGGGAACACUACUAGGUUAAUCAUUAUCAUGAUUAUCAUGUAAUAAACGGGAACACUACUAGGUUAAUCAUUAUCAUGAUUAUCAUGUAAUAAACGGGAACACUACUAGGUUAAUCAUUAUCAUGAUUAUCAUGUAAUAAACGGGAACACUACUAGGUUAAUCAUUAUCAUGAUUAUCAUGUAAUAAACGGGAACACUACUAGGUUAAUCAUUAUCAUGAUUAUCAUGUAAUAAACGGGAACACUACUAGGUUAAUCAUUAUCAUGAUUAUCAUGUAAUAAACGGGAACACUACUAGGUUAAUCAUUAUCAUGAUUAUCAUGUAAUAAACGGGAACACUACUAGGUUAAUCAUUAUCAUGAUUAUCAUGUAAUAAACGGGAACACUACUAGGUUAAUCAUUAUCAUGAUUAUCAUGUAAUAAACGGGAACACUACUAGGUUAAUCAUUAUCAUGAUUAUCAUGUAAUAAACGGGAACACUACUAGGUUAAUCAUUAUCAUGAUUAUCAUGUAAUAAACGGGAACACUACUAGGUUAAUCAUUAUCAUGAUUAUCAUGUAAUAAACGGGAACACUACUAGGUUAAUCAUUAUCAUGAUUAUCAUGUAAUAAACGGGAACACUACUAGGUUAAUCAUUAUCAUGAUUAUCAUGUAAUAAACGGGAACACUACUAGGAGGACUCUAAUACACCAUACAAUCAUGAAAUCCAGGUACGACAAAGACUACGCGGCUAAGCAAGAGGUGCUUGCGAAAAUUCGAGAUGAGAGUCAUACCUGCCGAACACGGCUGCACGAGUUAAGAGAACGCCAGCAGGAAGAGGAGGGAAAAAGAGCAGGUAGUUUCUACUUCAUGCUGGAUAGGAAGGUCGUAGACAGGUAAGUAGUUUACUUCUUCAACAUGAUGUUGAUAUAUAGGUAAUCGAAAGUCUUGCUAUGGAUUGUGUCUAAAUGUAAUAUUGUUGUAUGGUGAUCUUUCUAUCACUAGGAGUACAAUCACUUGAGACGUAACUCAAUCAAUCUUUCUAUGAUCAUUUGACAGCUAUCGAGGAGGAGGAGCGAUUUUUGUUGCAGGUGGAGAAGUUUCGCGGUGGCCAAGAGAAGGAUAUGGUGCAAAGUAUCAUCUUUCUACAGGCAGAGGGGAGGGCCUAUAUUGCGAAGAUGGCCGAAAUCAAUGCCAAAAAGAAGGGCAAAAAAGGGAAGAAGGGAAAAAAGAAGUAAAUGUUGAGGAUGUCUGAUGUGUCUUACGCUGGAUACACUUCUGGAAGUACUUCCUCCUCGUAUCUACUAGUUGCCGUGGGCAUGGUAAAAAUAUUGCACCUCGCGUUUGCUUGGAGUUCGUUCCUCUUAUGGUACAAAGCAAGUACUCAUCAAUUAGGCAUGUUUUAUCAUUACGUAAAGGGUCCAGUGUUAUUCUCUUGAGAACUCGUUUGUCUAGUGUUUAUUCCUCUCAUAGACAGACUUACUAGUACAAAUAUUCAACCAUAUCACAAAUUUUCAAAACCUAAUUUACUUAGAAACCUACAAUAAACCAAAGAUCAAAAAUAUUUGUUAUGCGAAUUAGCCUGUGGUAUAUGAAGAUAGUGUUGUAGAAUUUGCGAACUGUUUUGAGUCUUUCUAGUUUUUUUUCAGUGUUUGGUUCGUCGGACAUUUUCUGAAAAGACAAACUGAAGAUUCGCACGUCAGUGCGGUUUUGAAGAUAGAACAAGAACGUAGGACGAAAAAUGCAGGAAGAAACCCUAUGUACUUGGAUUUCUACCAGGAAGAUGGAACGGUUUUUCGUCGAUCACAAGGUAGUUCCCUCACUCAGGUUAUAAGGCAAGAUAGAG